UCCAAUCAACCCUCAUUCAUAUGCAACCAGUCCAUCAUUAGACAUGACCAACGGAAUGAUGAUGGAUUCCAUGCCCAUAAACAAUAUGAUAGGUCACUGUUCUGCCUUUACGGUCAUGGCCGAGAUGGCCCCAUGUACCUUCCAACCCGAAUUAAUGACUUCUCUCCGAUACACAAAUUCAAAUGAAAAGUCCACUCCAACCACUCCAAAAGAUACAAAGGCUAAGGUACCCAAGACCAAAGUUGAAGAGAAGAAGGAUGAGGUAGAAAAGGUAGAAGAAACUGUGGAGAAGCUUCCCAAGCCAAGACUUAGUGAGGAUGUUGCGGACUUGUUGGCUAGCGAUAUGUCACGCCUUUCUAUCAAAAAGGUUGAAGAGCCUACGGAAAGACCACUUUAUCCAAAGACAGGUCCACAAGAUGUAGCUGAGCGUCAUAAGCAAUUACUUCAGAAAGUCAGCCGUAUGAUCAAUGAAAGCUACAAAAAAACCAACCAUACAAGCUAUCCAGCCGCUACAGUUCAGGUCUAACGGAUAUUUCAAUAGUCAUAUUUACACACACACGCGCGCAUAUAUAUAUAUAUAUAAACCAACUCCUUUAUAUACAUAUAUCUAUAUCUAUAAAGAAGAGUUCACUCUAUAUAACAAAGCUUUUUUCUUCUUUUUUUUUUUUAAAAAAAAAUAAUGAAAUGAAUCAAUUGAAACAAUAAAUGAAUAAAUGAAUAUAUAUAUAUAUAUAUUUC